CAACGCGCAAAGUUGACAAGUACAAAAACACGUGUGUAAUAUGUAAACAGUUGUUGAGGACGAAGUUAUUUGAGUUGGUGUUGUGUGUUCCGUAGGAGUAAGUGUUGAGAAACAGUGUUUACCACACAACGAAAAUGAGUUUCGCACGCUUCAAAGAAGUGAUAGAAGAAGACGAUACCGUUAUACUUUAUGUAAACGUUAACAGUAUGCAUGCAUUGAAAGUGACACCACAAAUAAAAAAUAAAAAUGGGGCUCUUGUGUCAAAUGUUUUCCAAACUGUUUAUGGCGCAUUAAAAGUAGAUUCUCUAAUUGGUAAAAAAUUUGGAAGCAAAGUUAAAUUAACUAAAGGAUGGGUAUACGUACUUCACCCAACACCGGAAUUGUGGACUCUAACUUUACUUCAUAGGACACAAAUCAUAUACACACCGGAUAUUAGCAUGAUAAUUUUUCAGUUGGAGCUAAAGCCGGGAAGCAUAGUUAUUGAAGCAGGAACUGGAAGUGGCUCGCUCUCUCACGCCUUGAUCCGAACAAUAAAACCAUCAGGACAUUUGUUUACAUAUGAUUUUCAUGCUGCGAGAGUCGACGUAGUUCGGGAAGAGUUUAAGGAACAUGGUUUGUCAGAGUAUGUAUCUGUUGAACACCGUGAUGUCUGUGAGGAUGGUUUCGGGGCAGCUGUUACAAAUCGUGCAGACGCCGUAUUCCUUGACUUGCCAAAGCCUUGGGAUGCAGUACCUUAUGCUGUUGCGGCUUUUAAAAAAAUCGGCGGCAGAUUUGUAUCGUUUUCACCGUGUAUAGAGCAAGUGCAAAACACUUGCAAGGCUUUGAGUGAGAAUGGAUUUUUCGAGAUAGUGACAAUGGAAUGUUUGCUUAAAGAACUGAAUGUGCAAGUACGUGCCAUGCCCAUUUUGAAUAUAGGAGCAAAAGAAACAACCUCGCAAAAAACUUACAAUACUGCUUCACCUGGACUUUCAGUGUGUGGACAUUCUGGCUACAUUACAGCAGCGACACUACCACCUCGCCAAGACUGAGUUGUUUACUGCACUGUAGUGAACGUCAUAAGUGGUAAGACGUAUAAAUUUUUCAGGGGAACAGUGGCUGUUUAACCACAAUCAGUGGUAGAAAAUGGAUUAGUAUUUUCUCUCAACAAAAUUUUUUUUAAAUGGCUGACAACCCGAUCGACUAAAAGUUGUUAAAAUGUAUAAACUGUAAUAAGUCUUCGAAUUUGUUUAGUAGUCAUUUGGUUUCCGAUACUGAUAGUUAUCUAAGCGCCAGAGAACAGUUAUGAAAUAAGUUAAAAGUCAUGAGCAUUGUAUGAAGUAGUAGAAAUAUACGAUUGUGAAAGGAAUAAAGCAGUGUUUCCUUAACCUAUCAGUAUAAAAUAUACAGACUGAACUGAGUUCAGUAACAAACUAGAA